AUGCCGGAAACUCAUCCUAAAAACCAAAUUGUGCUCGCGCCAUCAACUGAGCCUUAUCGCGGGAUCAAGUCCGUUUUCCUAGCGGGAACUACCACUAAGACAGACGACCGUGAUUGGCGUGAGGUCCUAGCCGAAUCCCUCUUAGACUUGCCCGUCACCGUCAUCAACCCGUACCGACCGGAUUGGGACUCGAGCUGGAAAGAGGAUAUUACGUGCGAUCACUUUAGGAGGCAGGUAGAAUGGGAACUUGAAAAACAGGACGGUGCCGACAUGGUGGUGUUCUACUUCCACCCAGCGACCGAAGCCCCCAUUAGCUUACUAGAGCUCGGACUUUGCGCAAGAGCUAAAAAGGCCAUCGUGGUGUGUCCCGAGGGUUACAAGAAGAGAGGAAAUGUUCAGAUCGUGUGUCGCACAUAUGGACUUGAAACAGUCGAAAGUCUUGAUGCGCUGAAACCAGCUAUUGCAAGAAGACUGCCGAAUAACUUUUCCUGA